AUGUCUGAACAACUCAAGAAACAAGCAAUAAUCCAUGUGAUUUUGUUUAACAUUGAUGAGAAUCUAUUCAUCAUGUCUACUGCAAUAAAGGAAGGUCUCAAGGAGGAAGGGAUCGAUUCCACAGUAUUUGUCUCAAAUACAAAAAACAAAGAAGGUUUAUCAGAGACAAUCCAACAAUACGGCUUGAGUUUCAUGGAUGCUGAACAUCCUAGUCAAGCCAGCAGCCUUGUUCUUGAUCCUUCUUGGCAUCAAGCACACUCACCCACAGAUACAAAACUUGUGAUGAUGAUCGGGACAGAUGGGUGCAAAGCCAGAGAUCUCAAACAAGAAGCCACAGCCACCUUUAUUAUCGGUAUCAAUAAAGGUGAGAUGGUUAACAUCCCAACCGGAACCGUAAAUUACGGUUUCCCUCAUGGGAUGAUAAUCAUCUCUUAUGGGUUUUCAGACUUGCAGAUUCUUAGAUCUCGACAAGCAGAGGGCCCAGAAAAAGCGUCGCCUUCUGAGAAAAUGUCGUCUCGCUACAAGGAAGGCAUAGUGCAAGCCAAAGAAUUUGCUUCUCUCAUAGCAACCAAGAGAAGCAGUUCAGCGGCUAUUGUUGAUGAUGGGAUCGAAGAGGACCACGGGAUCGAACAAGUCCCUUCCCGUCAACUUCCCCCUGGUGGCAGAAAUGCCAAUGCAGUCCAGGGUGCUUUAGCUGCCAAACAGGCAGCAGAUGUAGCUUUGACUGAGAAAGCAGCUGGGGGGCCUACCAGGUUCGAUGAGGCCAGUGCUCAUCACACAGGUAGCACACGUAAUGUGCCACCUGAAAAAAACAAUUCUGGAGUUCAGGAUACGCCCAAAGAGAAAGCACGGACCUCUCGUUGGAAAAGACUGCUUUGUUGUAGAUAA